AUGCUGGUAACUGGUAAGCGUGUGACUGUAGAUGUUCAAGUGGCCACAAGGGCUCGAGCAGCUGAUCGAGUAGCCAAUGCCCGAGGAAUUUCAUUGACAAAACUGGGCAGGAUGCUGGGGAUGAUGGGGAUGCCGUCGAUGCCGGGCGGCCUGCCCCAGCCAGGCAUCCUGCCCCAGCCAGGCCUGCCCCAGAUGCCUCAGGUUGGCAUGACCCAGCCCAUGCCCCAGCCCGGCAUGGCGCCUGGCUUGCAGCCAGGCAUGCCUGGCAUGCCCCAGCCUGGCAUGCCCCAGCCUGGCAUGCCCCAGCCUGGCAUGCCCCCGAUGAGCAUCAUGCCCCGACCCCCACUAAACCCAAUGCCAUGUCCAGGCACCCUUCCCCAACCCAUGGGGCAGACAGGUCUGCCGGCACCAACGCAGUUGCCAGGAGUUGUACAGCCAUUUGGAGUGAUGCCACGGCCUGCCAUGGGAGGCCUUUGUGCCAAUACCUUACCUCCUAGACUCUUGGAAGCACUUGAGCAGAAAUCCGUGCUGUAA